AUGCGAUCCUUUUUCAAUAAACCGGCAUGGGCGGUCAAAGGAGGGGUCACUACCAAUGAAUUCUAUCGACGGUCUGAACAGACUUACUCCGAUAUCAUUGCGGCCAACCGAGAGGCGUACAAGAAACCCAAGGAUCCCCUAGAACCAGAUAAACCCAGCAGCUGCUCGGAUGAAGUGAAUUUGUGCUCUAAGCGCCCACGCCUUUCAGAUGAACCGAAAAAGGACGCAAUUGAUGCUCCGGCUUUGCCUCAUGAUGAACAGGACAAGCCGAGAGAAGAUCGCUCACUUUCCACUUGCCUCAAAGAUACUCCCAAUGCGUCAGUGAUACAGCAUACCAUCGAAGAAAAAGAAUACUCCAGGAUUCCUCUUCUAGGUGUAUCAGAUUCCUGCUUAACGGACACCCCAUCAAGGAACCAUACAGAUCACUCUGCACCGACCCACCUGUCAGCUCACCCCUCAGCUUCUCCGGUAGCUCGAGGGAAGAUUAAUACCGAAGCUCGGUCAGCUAUAUCCCCAGAACAUCAGCUCUCCAAGUCCUCUGAACCUCUAGCGGAUGACCCAGUUGUGCAGAUUCUCAUCACUUCUGAUAUCCCAAACACAAAACCCCUGCUUGUCCACCGAAAAAUGUCCCAGGGGCUUCGGGAGGUGCGCUUGGAAUGGUGCAAACGUCAGGGAUUUACAACUGGGGCAGAGUCACCUGUUCAUCUGACUUGGCGAGGUUCACGGCUAUUCGACGUGACAACAUGCAGGAGCCUGAGGAUUGAACCGGAAAAGAAUACGUGGGCGCUUUUGGAUAUGGAUGACGAUUCUCUUACAGGCCCGAAAGAAUUGCGAAUUCAUCUGGAGGCGGUUGCAGAUGACCCUAUUUUGCUCAACCGGUCUGGCUCUUCAGCAUCCCCAGCCCCGCCGAGUCCCAUCAACCAACAAGACGAAGUGAAUGAACCGAUGAAGUUGACCCUCCGCAACCCCGGGCUGGGUGACCUAAGGAUAAAAGCGAGGCCGAAGACACUGGUUUUCAAGCUUAUAUCUGCAUUUCGAGACAAACAUAAUCUUUCGACAGAUCAAGAGAUAUCUCUGGUAUUUGACGGAGAUCGCUUAGACCCCAGUACUUGUCUUGGUGAACAUGAUAUUGCAGAUCUUGACUUGGUGGAUGUGCAGAUCAAAACCCGAAUCUAG